AUUGUUCCUUUCACUCUUCUGCUCCCCUUCUGCAUCUCUCUCUCUCUCUCUCUCUCUCACAGACCACACCACCAUUUAUUCACCUCCUGUUCCUCCCUUCCUUUUAUCCAACCCCUACACAGAUUUAACCCUAAACCUCUCUCUCUCUCUCUCUCUCUCUCUCUCUUGCUUCUUGGGUCUUUACUGUUUUUUUUUUUUAAUUUUCAUUUUGAAGGCUUCUGUUUGAAUUUGGUGGAUGACUUCAUGGUGACAGGAUGUGCAUUUUCACCACCAUGAAUAAUCCACUUAAUCUUCUCUUCAAAGCCACCAGAGCCAUUAUGCUUCUGCAUUUUCUUCUUCUCUCUCCAGCCUCUUGUUUUAGCACUCAUUCUCUCCGGGACCUUUUAUUUGAGGAGAAAACCAGGCUGGGAUCCACGCCGCCCAGCUGCCACAACAAGUGCAACCAGUGCCAUCCAUGCAUGGCGGUCCAGGUGCCUACAAUACCCAGCCACGAUCGGGUCGAACCGGACAUGACCCGAUCCUUCCCAAUGAUGUUCUUCGACCCAUCUCAUCCGGGUACCAACAACAAGUACUCCAAUUACAAGCCUCUGGGUUGGAAAUGCCACUGUGGUGAUCACUUCUUCAACCCUUGAGCUAGUUCAAGUUCCAUGGGGAAAUUUCAUGUCAAAAUGGAGCUGGGUUUCGUUUAGAUUUGUAAACUACAAUUGAUUUGUGAUUUUUCAGUUGUGAUUUGGGAUUUUGUAAUUUUGUUUCAGGGGAGAGGGCAUUAAUUCUUUAUAAACAAAUAGGAGAAAAACUUGUAUAUCACGGAAAUAACACUGUUUUGUUAUUUUCAAUAAAUUUUAUUUGAACGUGUG